CACGUAGCUGGCUGUAGUCCUUCCCGGCCUGCAUCAUGGCCAAUACCCGUGUUGACCAUCUGCUAAACACCCUGGAGGAGCUGCUGCCCUAUGAAUUCGAGAAAUUCAAGUUUAAGUUGCACACCACCAGCCUGGAGAAGGGCCACUCUCGGAUCCCCCUGAGCCUCGUGAAGAUGGCCAGGCCAAUAAAGCUGACCAGGCUCCUGCUAACCUACUAUGGGGAAGAGUAUGCUGUAAGGCUGACCCUGCAGAUCCUGCGGGCCACCAACCAGCGCCAACUAGCAGAGGAGCUGCACAAGGCCACAGGCCCAGAACAUUUGACUGAAGAAAAUGGAGUUGGCGGUUCUGUGCAGUCUUCUGCAGAGAAUAAGGCCAAGGGUGUGAAGGGAUCAGAAGUCCCUGAAGAGGAUGAGGCACAGCAGAAUGAUGAUGAAUCAGACAUCCUGCCACCCAUCCAGGCAGAAGUGGGGAAGGGACCCCAGAAGAAAUCACUGGCCAAAAGGAAGGAUCAGAGGGGCCCUGAGAGCCUGGACCCACAGACCAAGCCAGGGGCCAGGAGUGCAGCACCACUCUAUAGGAGAACCCUGGUGACCCAGUCCCCGGGGGACAAGGAGAACAGAGCAGGUGCUCAGCUCCGCAGGAAUGCCAGCUCUGCAGGGAGGCUGCAAGGACUCUACAGCAAUGUCCCAGGGAGGAGAGAGAUCAAGAAGGCUGAAGUGUAUUUGCCUUCAGGAAAGAAGCGACCCAGGAGCCUUGAAAUUACCACUUACUCAAGAGAAGGAGAACCCCCAAAUUCAGAAGCUCUUCCGACUCAAGAGGAAACAAGAAACGGCGGUCUCAUUCGUACGAGAACAGCCACCCUGAAUGGAAGGACUACGGGGACUCUGGAAAAGGGUGUAGGGAUUCCAGAGCAUUCCAUGAUGCUGGAUGAAGAAACAUCCAGAAACAUGUCUUCCAAAAUAUCGUUGACUAGGGAGAAGAGAUGCACUGUGUCAUGGACAGAAAAUGGAAACGGGGGUCCAGAAGCCCCAGAGACCUUGGGAGAGACGGUCAGCAGCAUACUCUGUGACUCCUGCAAUCCAAAAGCGCUGCUGUCAUUAGGUGAAAAACUGGCCCAGACUCCAGAAGACCCAGCCUCUUUAGGACAGGCAGCUUCUAAAGGAAGGUCACGGGACAAGGUUGCAUGCCCUCUUUGCCACACCCAAGGAGAACUGCCUGCUGAGGCCUGUGUGCAAAGUUCCUGUAGCUGCUCGGUGGCUCCUGGGGACCCCAAGGCCUCAGGCAGACACUCCAUAUGCUUCCAGUGCCAAAGCUCGCGUGCAGGAAAGAGCUGUGAAGCCCAGAGCCCCCAGUUCCUACCACAGUGCCCACGUCACAUGAAGCAGGUGCAGCUGCUCUUCUGUGAGGACCACAGGGAGCCCAUCUGCCUCAUCUGCAGGCUGAGCCAGGAGCAUCAAGGACAUCGGGUGCGCCCCAUAGAGGAGGCUGCACUACAGUACAAGGAGCAGAUCCGGAAGCAGUUGGAGCGCCUGCGGGAGAUGAGGGGAUAUGUGGAGGAGCACAAGCUUCCGGCAGACAAGAAAACAGAGGACUUCCUGAAACAAACAGAAACUCAGAAACAGAGGAUAUCAUGUCCACUUGAGAAGCUAUUCCAAUUCCUGGAGCAGCAAGAGCAACUCUUUGUGACCUGGCUGCAGGAGCUAGUCCAGACCAUCGGCAAGGUCCGAGAGACAUACUACACCCAGGUUUCCCUACUGGAUAAGCUGAUUGGAGAACUAGAGGCCAAGCAAGACCAGCCAGAGUGGGAGCUCAUGCAGGACAUUGGAGCCACCUUGCACAGGGCUGAGACGAUGACUGCCUCUGAGCUGUUGGGCAUUCCUCCAGGCGUUAAAGAAAAAUUGCACCUGCUCUACCAGAAAUCAAAGUCCGCAGAGAAGAAUAUGCAGCGUUUCUCAGAAAUGCUGGGCUCCGAAAUGGCAUUCAGCGCUUCAGAUGUAGCAACACGGGAAGGGUGCAGGCCUAGCACAACCAAGGCCCAGGCCUUGAUCCCCACCGUUCACCUAAAGUGUGAUGGUGCACACACACAGGAUUUCAAUGUAAUACUUUGCCCAGAGCUGGAAGCUGGAGGAUCAGAACCUCAAGAUUACCUUCAUCCCUCGUCAGCUCAAGACACACCUGAGCUACACGAGAUCCAUUCUCAGAACAACAAAAGAAAAUUUAAAUCUUUCCUGAAGUGGAAACCUUCCUUCUCCAGAACUGACAGGUGCUUAAGAACAUGCUGGUAAAUGCCUAAAUCAAGGCAAGUACUGGCUUUGGUACACCGGGUCCCUGUAUGUUCCUGUCCCCUACCGCAAUCUCAGUAAACUCCCUCUUCCUUAGAUUGGGAGCGCCUUGGGAGAAGCCCACACAUCCCCAUCCCAGCUAGGUCUUCUUCUUCCUGCAGUUGUCGUGAUUGGGACCUAGCAGCUGCUCACCCCAGCCUCAUCUUCUGUGGUGAUACGAAGAGUGCAUGGACCUGCUGCCUGACAUUCUCCAGAGGUUCUAAAGUUACAUCACCACGCUGGGGACUACUCCUGUCUUGGACUCCAGUGGCUGUCACUGGGAGGUGGAGUAUGGAGACAAGACAGUUCAGAGUCCCAGGAACUUGCAACGCUCUGGCGAGCAGGAAGGGGAAUAUAACUCUGUGGAGAAUGGCUCCUGGUGGUAAUAAUAGCAACGCAACAGGAAGGCACAUUUCUCCAGCCUGUGAAUGAGGGUGGCCCCAAGCAGGCGGGCAGCUUUCUAGACUACACAGCUAGGAGCAACAUGACAUGUACCUGGCCUCUGGCUUCUCCCCUCCAGUUCCUGUCAACCUGCCUUUAACCCUGGGGACAUGAUGAAGAAAAACAUAGCUCUUUGGACCCUCAGUCCUGUCAGUGACCAGAUACUUCACUGAGUGCCCAACACUGUGCCAACAUUCUGGCUUAUGCCUCACAUUCAUGCACUCGGAAGUCAUUAAAAAGGUGUCAGUUGGUGCAAGGAAUGUAAUGAGUAGGAAGAUAAUAUCAGUGUGAAACUGAGAAACUGAGAGGCUGAGGUAGGAUGGUACCCGUGAGUUUGGGUCUAACCGGAUGGAUUCGGGUUACUCUGACUGGGGUCCAGCCUCCGUACGAAAAGAAAAAAUAAUACUGUACUUGUAUUAUUUAGUACUAUUAUUGCUAUAAUAAAAUAUUCUGACAAA